CGACUUUUCUUACUUCAGUUGUCCGUCGUUAAAAAUCGCUGCUUCAUUGUGUUUCCUUCUUCUCAUCUACUAUUUUCCUACUACUUUUUCCCCCUUGGCCAUUGGAGAAGAAGAUGCAGUGCCUCUCCUUCAACAUCAAUUCAUCGUCCCCAUCAUUUCCCACCUCGCCUCAGUCUCAAUCUCAAACUCAAAUCGGUCUCAAUUCUUGUCCCCCACAAUCCCAAGGGAAUUCCACUGACGGAACACCCAGAUCCAGCUCCAGCUCCAGCUCCACUCAGCUCUCGCCCUCCUUCAAUAUCAGUCAUGAAUACACUCUCGCUUUGCAGGCCAAUUCUUACAAUGAGAUACGCUCCAGAAUUGAAGAUCAAGUGCUAGUUGAGAAUGCAAUUGAAAGCGAGGAUAUGGAUAGCCAUCAGCUGCAUUUGUCUCAGGUACUGCACCCCAACAGAGAAUGCGUCCACCAAGCUCUUCGCCACACCAACCCUAAGGCUACCCUCACUCGCUUGGUUUCUACCUACUUUGAUCACAGCGAAGACAUCAGCACUCUCUGCCUCGCGCUCUACCAAUGCAUAUCUCGUGCUCGUACUCUUUAUGCUCCUAUAACUGACCUUCUUCAAGUAUUCCCCUAUGACCUAAGUUCCAUCAAUCUCUCACAAUGUAACUUGGCCUUCGAUAUUUUCCUCCAAUUCGAUAGCCUCGACAACCCUUUCCCUUCUCCUGAAUCCCAUAACUUCAACGAAAUGCGUCGCAGUUUCUCCCUGCUCAAGGAGCAGCUUGAUCAGCGUCUCCACAAAUCCCGUUCUGGAGGUCGCUUCCUGCACCGUGCCGUUGGUGGAAUUGUAGGCCUUAUCGCUACCCCACUUUGUCCCAUAUAUAUACCAAGUCAUCUCAAGAAGAAACAGCUUGCUCGUACGGCUCAACUGGAUGCUGCUUCCAGUGGAACUUUUUUCCACAUCAAAGACCUUGACACUAUUGUCUGCCUUGUUGACUGGUUACAUGCUUCAGUUGAGAACGACAGGGAUCUUGUACGGUUUGGACUGGAGAGGGGUAGGGACAUAUACCCCAUAUAUGAAGUUGUGAAACAUCUCCGCAAUAACCACAACAAAUUUUUUGAUCAGCUCAAAGAACUUGAGGAGCAUAUAUGCCUAUGCUUUAAUGCUGUCAAUAAGUUCAGAGCUAAGCUCCUCAACCAGAUUCAUCUUCAUCAAUCUACUGACUCAUGAUGGAUUGGUAGCUAUAUUCUUCCUAUUUACUUUCACUGUCAAUGUGUAUAGCCAUACACUCAACAUAACAUGCUCUGACUAUCGCCACUAGCCCUGCUUUUUAUCUUUGGGGUCACUAUUGUCUACAGUGAUGUCAGUGAUGUACAAGACAACUAUGGAAUAGCUCAGGCUCUUGCUUACCUCCAUUUGUUUGUUUGUUUGUUCAUUGGUUACCUCCAUUACUCAUUGAGACAUCAAGCCAAGCAUUGUUCUGCUUCAAGUUCUCCUACAUCUCAGUUCCUACAAUGCGAGAUGACUUGAAUGUGAAACAGACACCGAUAUGGAGUGGAUGUUUAUGAUUGUUUUGCUGCAUUAGAUUUUCAUCUCUUUCAUCAGCUAAGUAGUAUAGUUAAUGAACAAGCAAUGUAGAUAAAAUACAAUACCUAGUAUUAGUGAAAGGCUUUUGUAUUUUAUAGGCCACCAAAAUUGGUACUGGUUUAAGACCAUAAACUGAAUAAAGAAUUUUGUCUUCUAGAA